AUGAGUACUACCACCGAAUCCAAAAUCGACCCUCAGGCGGCCGGCAGCCCUGCUCCUAGCGCCACUGGCUCGACGGGAACCUCGGGGAUCACGGUGCGCAAUGGUCCUGGUGGCCAGCCCUUGAGCUUUAGAAGACAACGUGCAUCACGCGCGUGCGAGGAGUCCCCUGUACCAACUGCGUCGCCUUCUCCAUCGAAUGCAAAAUUCCUUUCCCCGAAACGAAAGAAAAAUUCGACAAAGAGCAAAGAUGAGCAGUAUGCCGACAGCCCGCCUCACACGGCGUCUUCGCUCGUCGACGCUGCCGGCCCCCAAUUUCGACCUGAUCACCCCGAGGGUCAUGGAAACUCUUCUGGCGAGCCGCAAGGCCAAUCCUCGGACUCGGAUGAUAAAGAUGAUGCCUUUGGAUAUCGGAAGGAUCGACUCGCUGUCGAUGGCAUGCCCGUCACUUCCCUCACGGAAUCCGAAGCCGCCCAGCAGGCGUCCGGAGACAACGCUUAUGCUCAGUUCAUGAAGCCCAAGUUCGCCCGUGCUCCUAUAAAAGAUGCUGGACGGGUGGCAUAUCUGGGAGAAUCGUCGAACUUGUCUCUCCUAGUCCAGGACCGCCACGGGACCACCGAUGUCGUGCACUACCCGCUGCCCCCGAACAUCAGAGGGUCUCGGGCGCGGUUGACGGAUCUGGAUAAUCUGGAGAUCGACAUCCUUCACCAGCGAGGUGCAUUUCUGCUUCCACCCAAACCACUAUGUGAUGAACUUGUGGAUGCCUACUUCAAGUGGGUGGCCCCUGUGGUGCCCAUUAUUAACCGCAGUCGCUUCAUGCGUCACUACCGAGACCCCAAGAACCCGCCGUCGUUGCUCUUGCUGCAGGCUAUCUUGCUAGCGGGCUCGCGUGUUUGCACAAAUCCACAGCUGAUGGAUGCCAACGGCUCGACGACCCCGGCUGCGAUGACUUUCUACAAACGGGCGAAGGCCUUGUAUGAUGCCAACUAUGAAGAUGAUCGUGUCACUAUUGUGCAGGCACUGGUUCUCCUUGGUUGGUAUUGGGAAGGACCUGAGGAUGUGACAAAGAAUGUGUUCUACUGGACUCGGGUCGCGAUGGUUGUUGCGCAAGGCUCCGGAAUGCAUCGCAGCGUGGAAUCAUCACAACUCAACAAACCCGACAAGAGACUUUGGAAGCGGAUUUGGUGGACCUUGUUCACUCGAGAUCGUUCUGUAGCCGUCGCGCUUGGACGGCCGAUUGGUAUCAACACUGACGAUUCAGACGUGGGGAUGGUGACUGAAGACGAUUUCAUCGAGGACGAGCUUGACAUCGUAGCCGAGUACCCACCGGACCCAGUGCAUGUGCAGUUCUUCCUGCAAUACGUGAAGCUGUGUGAGAUCAUGGGUCUUGUUCUUUCACAACAGUACUCUGUGGCGGCCAAGUCACGGCGCAUGAACGCCAUGGACCUGACCCACUCCGAUAUGGCCUUGGCUGAUUGGCUUCAGAACUGUCCAAAAGAAGUCUGCUGGCAGCGAUCCCGGCAUCACUUCUGGGCUGCUCUUCUCCACUCGAAUUAUUAUACUACUCUGUGUCUUUUGCAUAGAGCCCACAUGCCUCCAGCUUCCUCCGCUCCGAACAGCUACCGGGUCGAGGAAAUGGCCUACCCGUCUCGCACAAUUGCCUUCCAGGCAGCUGGCAUGAUGACUUCCAUUGUUGAGAACCUGCAAGCCCACAAUGAACUCCGCUUUACCCCUGCGUUCAUUGUCUACAGCUUGUUCUCCGCUUUGAUCAUGCACGUCUAUCAGAUGCGUUCAUCAGUCCCGUCGAUCGUGGCAACUUGUCAGGAAAGAAUCAAUGUGUGCAUGGCAGCCCUGAAGGACGUUUCCAAGGUUUGGCUGGUGGCCAAGAUGGUUCUCACCCUGUUCGAUUCCAUUCUCGGAAAUAAGGUGCUAGAAGAGCGACUCCAAAAAGCUGCUGGCAGGAGGCAUCAACGGCGUCCUCACGAGCCCGCUGCUCCCCCGAAGAGGCCAGAUGCCCCAAAGCGCAAGUUCGACGACAUGGAUCUUGGUGGCCUACCCAAUGGAGGUCCCACGCCGCCUGUGUCGUAUGAGCGGUCUCGUCCGCAGACACCCGCCGUCACACCUUCUCGCGAAUUGAACCAGUCUUCUCUGGGGAACGCCUCCCCCAAUGCCCACCGUGCAUCACACGACCCUAUCUCCGGCCCAUCCAUCUCUCGAGGAAACACCCGACCCACGACACCAUUCAACGCUCAAUUCUCGUUGCCCGCCACACCUCCCGAUUUCUUCCUUGUGACCCGUGCCUCGCCCAAUCUCUCUCCAUCGCUAUGGGAAAACUUCCAGCCUGACCAGCUGUUCCCUGACGGCACAGCCAUCUUCCCCGAACUCACCUCCCCACCUCCCGGAAUGGUGGAUCCAUCGCUGCCAAUGCCUGCACAGCCAGGACCCAACAUGGGUCAACGGCCCAUGAUGGGCGGUAUGCCUUCACAGGUACCAGGUGGACGAAGUAUGUCCGUUUCCCAAGGCAGUCCGCAAUUCAUGUCGGGCCUGCCAGCCGGUAUGGGGAUGCAGCCUGGCCAGGGACCGCAGGUAUUUGGGAUGGAAGGCCAAACAUGGCCGAUGCAGAAUAUGGAUGGGACUAUGAGCGGAGCGGCGCUGGAUGCUGCUAGUCAAGACAACGACAACUGGAGCAGCAGCUCUCGUAGUGGCCCGACUGCGCCUACAACUUUGAACGUGGAAGACUGGUUCCAAUUCUUUGGCAUCAAUGGUGGCUUUGGCGACCUGGCCGCGUAG